AUGACAUCGGUCCCCGGUCCGCCACCAUCGACGCGAGAGCCUGGACACACGGGUGUGGCGUCUGGCCCGCAACUGUUCACUUUUCAACGACCUCGACGAGAGCAACUCGAGUCGAAUAUCACGAUUGCAGCCCUGCAGGAGAACGUAUCGGCUCUGACACUUUUCAAUCAGAGGGAGAAGGAACUGUCAGCUUCGUUGAGGCAAGAAGUGGCUCAACUUACGGAGGCCAUCGCCAGACUUAAUGAGACCCAAGGGGUGCAGAGCGUGCAACAAGAGAGACCUGCAACGCCUCAGAAGCAGAAACUUGUGCGCAGUAGUGACGAACGAUUGCUGCCUCCUAUUCACAAUGGCUCGACGCUGUCAGCGUCCACGGUAGCUCUGCAACAGCAUACGCAAAUGGAGGUGUCGUACCAGAGGAAGGUGUUGUCGCUCGAGAAUCGGUGCCUGCACAUGACGGACAACAACAAGAAACUCUUGACCAUGAUCGAGCAACUUGAAGACGCUCAGACUGAAGCAAAUCUUCAACUGGAAGCUUCACGACAGCAAAACGCACAGCUUUUGACCGAGGCAGAGAGCUCUAACAGCACCAUCAACUCCCAGUCGACCCUGAUCGUUGGACUGCGUUCGACAGUGCACAGGCUGAAUAGAGACGACAAGUUAGUCGAAAACCUGCGCAACACAUUGGAGCGAUGUCAACGCGAGCUCGACGCGGUGAAAAAGCGCGAUAAACUGCUUCAAGAAGAGCAUGCAAAGUUAAAGACCUCGACAAGUCAGGAGAAGGAAGCGCUGGUGUGUAAACUUCUGGAGUUUCAGCAGCGUCUUCAGCAAAACGAUACUGCGAGAGGCAACGUUAUCGUCCUGGAGAAGGAGACCAAGAAACUCCAGCAAGAGAACAAGACGUUAAGAGCCGACCUCCAAGCAUCAAAUACCCGCUGCAACGACGUGCAAGCUCAUGCCUCUCGGCUGGAUAAAAUGUCCGAGGAGUUCGUAGAGCUUGAACUCUGCAUUCAGAGACAACAAGAGGCAGAAGAACGAGCCCAAAAGGCAGAGGCGCAUGUUGCAAGCUUACAGGGCGUUGCCGACCGGUUCCAAGCAAAAGAUGAAGAGAUCGGGACUCUAAUGCAGAAAGUGAUGCACCUGGAGGACGAUGUCAAUGAGCGAGAUCAACGAUACGCAGCAUUGCAAGAAGAAUUGCGCAGAGCGAACACGGAGCUGCACGGCAUCAAACAACUGUCCCAAGACGACACCGUCCAGGCUUUGCAGAUGGCACGUCAAAAGGCCGCAACUUACGAAGCGCUGACACUGUUGAAUGAGGAGAAGAAGGCGCUGGAAGAACAACUCCGAUUGGUCGAAGGACGACUUGAAGCUGGUCGAGUAGCUUUGGAUGAAGCGAAGGAUGUCAAUCAGCGUCUAGUGGCUGAGUUAAACGCUCACCAGAAGGAGAACGACACGUUGCAAGAGCAGAGAAACGGCUCGCAAGUUCUUGAGAAAUCGGUCACGGAUACCGGUAGUCAGACAACCGAAGAACUAAUCAAUUACGAGACUUACGCUCAAGCAGCAGAUCAUUUAAGGACUGUCACCGGUGAGCUGGAGAGCCUUCGAGCUGAGUUUGAAGAGCUCCAACAAAGCCGCAAUGAGCUUCAAGAUAGUGUUCAGAACUUGCAACAAACUCAAGAUGAGCUGGAGGUCGGCUACAAGAAGACAGUGUCUCGAGAAAGAUACAAGUCCGAGUCAUUCCAAAACCAGCUCGUGCUCUUGCAAAACGAAAACGGGGAGCUAAGCGACAAGAUGGAGGCUCUGUACAACGAUCUGAGAAAAGAGCAGCAGCUCAAUGACGCUCACAUCCUGGAGAUGGCCGAGCUCAAGCAACGUGUGCUGUCUCGUGAGGCCAUCCAGCUGCUCCGUCAGACACAAGACUCGCUGGAGAAGACUGUGAAUUCCCUCCUGGAGGCUGAAAAUGCAUCGGAAAGCACCUUCACAUGUCUUCAGUGUAUGCAGCUUUUCACUGAGCCCAUGACACUCGCGCCCUGUGGUCACACGUACUGUGCUGCGUGUUUAGCCAAGUGUGGCAGCUUGGAAGCACCGUCUUCCAUCGCGUGUAAUAUGUGCGAGCCAAGUGUCAAGAAGGAGACCGAGUGCAUCUUCCCCAAUUGCGCUUUGGCGGAUCUCACGGCUCGGUUUAUAUUCCGACAACAAAGUUUAGCGUCACUCACGACCAUGUGUCUAUCACUCCGCAACAGCUUUACACAGCGUGGCCCAAGCUCCAGCUCAACAGAAAAUCUCAUCGCAGAAGAUUAA